CAGCUGGACACAGGUCAUCUGCUGGACACAGGAUGGCUUCGGCUUCACAGACACCAAAAGUUGGAGAUCUGAUUGAGAUUUUUCGCAUUGGCUACUCACACUGGGCCAUCUAUGUGGGAUGUGGCUACGUGGUCCAUUUGGCUCCCCCAAGUGAAUUUGCAGGAGCUGGGGCAUCCAGUGUCAUGUCUGUCUUGGCUGAGAAAGCCAUAGUGAAGAAGGAACUGCUGUCCAAGGUGGCUGGGAAGGACAAGUACCGGGUUAAUAACAAGCAUGACGGCAGGUACCCACCACUGCCUCCCAACAAGAUUGUCCAGCUGGCCAAGGAGAAGGUGGGCAAUGAGGUGCCCUACUCACUGACCCAUGACAAUUGUGAGCACUUCGUGAAUGAGCUGCGCUAUGGGAUCUCCCGCAGUGACCAGGUCACGGAUGCGGUCCAAACAGUGGGCGUGGCAGCAGGAGUGAUAGCAGGCUUGGGUGUCCUGGGCCUCUUGGGGCUUGCAGUGAGCAGAAGCCGGCGGGAGAGACACUAACUCCAAGGCCCUGCCCUCGAGCCUGUCAGGGAAGCCC